AUGAUACCAAAAGAAUUGCUCGAGAAAAUCGUGAGCAUCAGUUUGCAAGUUGGAGUGACACACUUUAGACAUAAUCUGAAAGUUUCUAUGAAACUUUUCACAACAAGUGGAAAGAGAUUAGAUUAUGAAAAUAAUCUGAUUUAUAAUGAAAUGGGACGAAGCUCAUUUUUAAGAGUAAUAAGAAGUCAGCAGCGUUUAAAUUUCUCACUUGAGAACGCUAUUUGUGAAGCUUUUUUUCUGUACGACAGGAACAGGGAAAUCUAG